AAAAAAAAAAAAAAAAAAAAAAAGGAAAUAGAAGCUGGAUUGGCUACAUCCACCAUAUAUCCAACCUCCUCUCUGGUGUUACCUACUGUUUACUUUGUACCCAGCAUGAGUUCAGGUGGAUCAGAGGAAAUAAGAAAUGUUUAGUUGUUGUCCUCACCCUCUGGAAGCUUAAAAUCUAGUUAGGUGAAACUGAUACUUAACAGUGAAGCUUACCAAAGAGAAAACAUUUAUCAUUAUUUAUUCAUUAUUUUAUAGUAACAACUAAAGGGGAUUUCCUUAAUAACUGGAAGUUUUAAGCCACAGGCACUAGCAGUUAGAUCUCAUUGAUUAGCUUAUUAGAAGUGAUUCAUCUUUUGAGUCCUCAAAUCCCUAACUUAAUUCAAGAAGGAAAGCUGGAAUUAUUUGAAGGCAUAGUGAAAAGAUUAGGACUCUCCCUUCUGGUAAAAAAAAGAAAGAUUUUAAGAGAAUAUGUACUGAAGCCUGUAAUAUCAUAAAGGAAAUAGGUUAUGCAAAACCAAAAUAGCAUAAUAAUUUUAUUAUUAAAUUUAUAAUUAUACACAUUCUAAAACAGUACUAUCUCAUUCUAGUCAGAAAUAGAAUUUAGUAAAUUCCAUAUUUCUAUUUUGUCCUGCCUUAAUUGAUUAAAAACAGUGUUUAGAAAAUUGUGAUUGAGAACAGAUCUAUCUUGAGUUUUCUUUUUUAAACAAAGUGUGAGUAUAUGUUUUACAUAUUUGCUUUCACUUAGGGAAAAAAAACUUACUUAGAAAAAUACAACUUGGGUGUAGUACCAUGUGGUGUAAACAACUGAACUAUUUUGCUUUUUACUUUCCUAUGAAUGAGCCAGUAUAUAUUUAUUACUGGAGUUCCAGCUGUAAAAUUCAGGUAAGGGGUUUAAAUAUACCCUAGAGCAUUAUUUAAAAAUAAAUUUGUUUCUUUCAAACAGAAUACCAACCUUGGUCUAUGACAUUUAGGGGAGAAAUUAAAAUAUUAAACUUUUAUUACCUAGUAAACUGAAAAUAAAGUAAAGGUUAAAUAAAUACGAAGCAGAAAAAAAUACAUAUACAAAAUUGCAACCUCUGAAAGGACAGACAGUCUACUGUUCUCUCCUGUGGGAGCUUUAUCAGCAGUAGUAAGUAAUUCUGCCUCUAGGGCAGUGCUAGUGCUCAAAAAUGUAAACAAGUAUGUACUUUGUUUAUAUAAAGAAAUAUGCGACAUGGUUUGUACUUCUUUAUAGGUAUCAAACAACUAAAUGAAUUGUUUCAGUGCACCAGUAGGGGCCAGCAAAGAGCUCCUAGAGUUUUUCGCAACAGAAUUGGCAUUGAGAUAUGUUUAUUUGAUGUGUUAAAUCCUUUUUAGACUUCUUUACUUACCACAACACUCUCUUAAGUGAAUGAAUUGCAGAGACAGUGGAAUAAAAUAUCUUGUGUGCUCAAACUAUAUUGGGGUAUAGUUUUUCUGUCUAAUCUGCAUAUAUUUUUAAUGGAAUGUUUUCUUAGCCUAUUUCUUGGCAGAGUUUUAAUAGUCCAAAUAUAAAUGGCAUCAUUUAAAGACUGUACUGCUUGGCUGAAAAGGCCUUAAAAUUACAGGAGAAAAUGCUUGGUGACAGCUUCUCUCAAAAUUUUUUUUUUCUCAGAUGUAUGCUCAAUUUUUGCAAUAGAUUACUAGGCUAAUUUUGUAUUUCGAUCCUUAAGCUUUCACUUUUUAUAAGUACAUCGUGUUUUAGAAGCUAAAAUAUGUAUCUAUUUGAUUUAAUGCUAAAUUUUUAAUUCACCUCAGUUUUGAUAUUUCCCAGUUUAUACAACUGUUUGAACUUACUCAUUUAAAAAAAAUUAACAGUCUAUAUUCCUUUCUACAUUUACUAAGUUGACUAGAUUCCAGUAUGACCACUAUUUGGAAAUUCAAUCCUUGAUUUGAUACUCAAUUACAUGGGGUUUCAUUCCUACCAACUUCCUGUAAUUCUAUCCCUAUGGGUAAAAAUAUUAGUGGUCAAACUGCUGGAGAAAGUAUAGGCACCGUGAUUCACAUAGUUAAAUGUUCAUUUAGUAGAGCUGGAGUGAAAAAUACUGUUUCAACUUGAAAUGCUAGAAGAUUGUUGUUCUUGUGUUACUCAUUCAUGCAAAUUGGAGAAGGUAUAAUUGAAACAAGGUUGGCAGUGUUUGAGGCAGUGUGCUGCAGCUGAGCUCAGCUUAAAGGUCGCUGGAAAUCAAGUGCUUUGUAAGUGAAGGCAUUUUGACUACAAGCGAUUCAAGACAUUUUGGAAACGUCAGUCGUCAGUCUCGGGAAUGGGCCGUCUUUUUCUUUCUACGAUAUCUGGUCUCUAAGGUUUUACUCAGGAUAAAGACCACUACUUACGAGCUCUUUUAGGCACCACAAAUGAUUUUUUCUUUCGAUGCAGUGCAGCUGCUUCUAGCCUGUCUACCGACAGAGAUCUUUGUUAUGACUUUCAGCCCUUAACAUGUUUGGAAAUGAGAACAAAUGGCACAAAGCUUACGAUUGCACUUUGCAGCCAGAAGAAGCAAUACUUACCCUUUGUCAGAAACCUCUGGAGAUGAUUUGGAUAGCAGUAUUCACAUGUGCUUCACAAGACCAACACGGAUUUCAACCUCUAACGUGGUUCAAAUGAAGCUGACUCCCAGACAAACUGCACUAGCUCCGUUAAUAAAGGAAAACGUUAAGUCUCAGGAAAGAUCAUCUGUUCCUUCACCUGAAAAUGUUAAUAAAAAGAGCAGCUGUCUGCAGAUUUCACUCCAGCCAACAAGGUACAGUGGAUGUCUUCAGUCUAGCCAUGUCUUAGCUGGCAGUGAUGAUGCUUCAUUUACUUGUGUCUUGAAGGAUGGCAGUGCUGUGGUUGAUAACGACCUGAGUGCUGUGGAUGAUGGUACCUUUUUAAGCAGUUCUGUCAUUUGCAGUGGUAGCCUUAGUAACUUUUCAGCCAGUGAGAAUGGGUCUUAUAGCAGCAACAGUAGCGAUUAUGGGUCAUGCACCAGUAUCACCAGUGGAGGUUCCUACACCAACAGUAUCACCAGCGACAGCAGUGGUUGUGGUUUUCCGCCAACUGAUGAUACCUUUUUUGGUGGAAAUUUGUCUUCUGACAGCACCUCCAAUAGAAGUGUGCCAAACAGGAAUACUGCUCCAUGUGAAAUUUUGUCAAGAAGUACAAGUACAGUUCCCUUUGUCCAGGAUGACUUGGAUCAUGGACUAGAGAUCAUGAAAUUGCCAAUGAUCAGGAACUCAAAAAUUCCUCUAAAACGUUGUUCAUCCUUAGUCAUUUUUCCUAGGAGUCCUUCAAAUACUCCACCAACUUCUCCUACAAGUACAGGUACUUUUCUGAGCAAAGGAUCCUAUCAGACCUCACACCAGUUUGUUAUUUCUCCUAGUGAAGUUGCCCACAAUGAAGAUGGCACUAAUGCUAAGGGAUUUCUUUCAACAGCUGUCAACGGACUUCGGUUGUCUAAAACAACCUCUACUCCUGGAGAAGUAAGAGACAUACGACCCCUUCACAGGAAGGGCUCAUUACAAAAGAAAACUGUUAUUGCAAAUAAUAGUCCAAAUCAGACCGCCUGUGAAAAGUCAUCUGAAGGAUAUUCUUGUGUUUCAGUGCAUUUCACCCAACAGAAAGCAACUACAUUAAAUUGUGAAACAGCAAAUGGUGACUGUAAACCAGGGAUGUCAGAAAUUAAGCUUAACUCUGAUUCAGAGUAUAUUAAGCGUAUGCAUAGGACAUCUGCAUAUUUACCAUCCUCCCAAAAUAUAGAUUGUCAAAUCAAUAUCAGCAGACAGUUGGAAAGACCAAACUUACAGAUAAACAAAAACCAUGCUAUUUUACGAAGAAGUAUUUCAUUGGGAGGAACUUAUCCAAAUAUUUCCUGUUUAUCCAGCCUUAAGCACAAUUGUUCUAAGGGGGGACCAUCUCAAUUGCUCAUAAAGUUUGCAUCUGGAAAUGAAGGUAAAGUUGAUAAUUUAACAAGAGACAGCAACAGAGAUUUCACAAAUGAUCCAUCUAAUUCUUUAAAGCAUUCUUGUAAGACAAGAGAUGACUUCCUAGGUCAAGUGGAUGUUCCUCUUUAUCCAUUACCGACAGAAAAUCCAAGAAUGGAGAGACCAUAUACGUUUAAGGAUUUUGUUCUUCACCCAAGAAGUCACAAAUCAAGAGUUAAAGGUUAUCUGAGAUUAAAAAUGACUUAUUUACCUAAAACCAGUGGCUCAGAAGAAGAUAACACAGAACAGGCUGAGGAAUUAGAGCCUGGCUGGGUAGUUUUGGACCAACCAGAUGCUGCUUGCAAUUUGCAGCAGCAACAAGAACCUUCUCCUCUACCUCCAGGAUGGGAAGAAAGGCAGGAUAUUCUUGGAAGGACCUACUAUGUAAAUCAUGAAUCUAGAAGAACACAGUGGAAAAGACCAAGCCUUCAGGACACCCUAACAGAUGCCGAGAAUGGUAACAUUCAGCUGCAAGCCCAGCGUGCAUUUACCACCAGGCGGCAGAUCUCUGAGGAAACAGAAAGUGUUGACAGCCGAGAGUCUUCCGAGAAUUGGGAAAUUAUAAGAGAAGAUGAAGCCACCAUGUACAGCAAUCAAGCCUUCCCAUCAUCUCCACCAUCAAACAACUUGGAUGUCCAGACUCAUCUUGCAGAAGAAUUGAAUGCCAGACUCACUGUUUGUGGAAAUUCAGCCACUGGCCAGCCAGUAUCCAGCUCAAAUCAUUCCAGCAGAAGAAGCAGCUUACAAGCCUAUACUUUUGAGGAACAGCCUACACUUCCUGUGCUUUUGCCUACUUCAUCUGGAUUACCACCAGGUUGGGAAGAAAAACAAGAUGAAAGAGGAAGGUCAUAUUAUGUAGAUCACAAUUGCCGAACUACUACCUGGUUGAAGCCCACUCUGCAGGCUUCAGUCACCACGGAGACCAGUCAGCUGCCAUCAAGCCAGAGUUCUUCCACAGGCCCCCAGGCGCAGGCUCCCACAAGUGAUGCUGCACAGCAGGUGACCCAGCCUUCUGAAAUGGAACAAGGAUCCCUUCCCAAAGGCUGGGAAGUCCGGCAUGCACCAAAUGGGAGGCCUUUCUUCAUUGACCACAAUACCAAAACCACCACCUGGGAAGAUCCAAGACUGAAAAUUCCAGCUCAUCUGAGAGGAAAGACAUCACUUGAUCCUUCCAGUGACCUGGGGCCUUUACCUCCAGGAUGGGAAGAAAGAACUCACACCGAUGGAAGAAUCUUCUACAUAAAUCACAAUAUUAAAAAAACACAAUGGGAAGAUCCCCGGUUACAGAAUGUAGCAAUAACUGGACCAGCAGUGCCCUACUCCAGGGAUUACAAAAGAAAGUAUGAGUUCUUCCGAAGAAAGUUGAAGAAGCAGAAUGACAUUCCAAACAAAUUUGAAAUGAAACUUCGCCGCGCCACUGUGCUGGAGGACUCUUACAGGAGAAUUAUGGGGGUCAAGAGAGCAGACUUCCUCAAGGCUAGACUGUGGAUUGAGUUUGAUGGCGAGAAGGGACUAGAUUAUGGAGGAGUCGCCAGAGAAUGGUUCUUUCUGAUUUCGAAGGAAAUGUUUAACCCUUACUAUGGGUUGUUUGAAUAUUCUGCUACGGAUAAUUAUACUCUACAGAUAAAUCCCAACUCUGGAUUGUGUAAUGAAGAUCACCUCUCUUACUUCAAGUUUAUUGGCCGGGUAGCUGGGAUGGCAGUUUAUCACGGCAAACUGUUGGAUGGCUUUUUCAUCCGCCCAUUUUACAAGAUGAUGCUGCACAAGACAAUAACGCUUCAUGAUAUGGAAUCAGUGGAUGGUGAGUAUUACAAUUCACUAAGAUGGAUUCUUGAAAAUGAUCCAACAGAACUGGACCUCAGGUUUGUCAUAGAUGAAGAGCUUUUUGGACAGACACAUCAACAUGAGUUGAAAAAUGGUGGAUCAGAAAUAGUUGUCACCAAUAAGAACAAAAAGGAAUAUAUUUAUCUUGUAAUACAAUGGCGAUUUGUAAACCGAAUCCAGAAGCAAAUGGCUGCUUUUAAGGAGGGAUUUUUUGAACUGAUUCCACAGGAUCUCAUCAAAAUUUUUGAUGAAAAUGAACUAGAGCUUCUCAUGUGUGGAUUGGGAGAUGUCGACGUGAAUGACUGGAGAGAACACACAAAGUACAAAAAUGGCUACAGUGUAAAUCAUCAAGUCAUCCAGUGGUUUUGGAAGGCUGUUUUAAUGAUGGAUUCAGAAAAACGAAUAAGGUUACUUCAGUUUGUCACUGGUACAUCCCGCGUGCCUAUGAAUGGAUUUGCUGAACUGUAUGGCUCAAAUGGACCACAGUCAUUUACAGUUGAACAGUGGGGCACUCCUGAGAAGCUGCCAAGAGCCCACACAUGCUUUAAUCGCUUGGACUUGCCACCCUAUGAAUCAUUUGAAGAAUUGUGGGAUAAACUUCAGAUGGCCAUCGAGAACACUCAAGGUUUUGAUGGUGUUGAUUAGAUUCCAAGUAACAAUCUCUGGUGUUUUACUGCCACUUUUUUAUAAGCAAAAUCUUGACUUAAUAUUUUGUAGGGAAUUACUAACCCUUGGCUGUUGAUUUUUCCCAGAUAUUGGAGAAAAUCCUAUCAAAACAUUAGAAGAAAUAGUAUGACAACUUUGCCACUAUUUCAUUCACUUAAAUCCUGUGUCGCACUGACCCAGGUGUUUUGUUCUAUCGUAAGUUCACACUCUAGGAUAUAAGUCCUGUGUGCCUGAAAUUGUGAGUUUUGUCCUUAACAUUUACCUCUUUUACAGAUUUGCCAGGCAGUUCUUUCUUAAACUACUGAAAUUAUAACUGUGAAAAUAGUUGUGAUAAGUGUCGUGUGUGAAAAGUUUGAUGCUUUUUGAGAAGGAAAACCAAAGUUGGGGGAAAAAACAUUAAUACUGAAUAUGCUACAGUAUAUUCAGUGCUGCCUGCAGCUAGUUAUUGUUUUGUAGACCUGCCUACUGCACCUUACUGCCCAGAUUUUUGAAAAAAUCUUGGAAAGUGUGUUACCUAUAUUUUUAGUCAAAUGACUCACUUGCAAAAAGCUGUUUACUUGUUCAUUUUAAAAGUAUUUGGCUUUUGUUAAUAUGUGGUUUUACUAAACAAGGUGGUUCAUGAGACAUGUGAAGCAAACUCGGAUUUGCAAAGGGUGAAAGGUAUUAAUGCCUCCGUCUUGCCUGUAUAUCUUUCUGGCUCAUUGGUAGAGUCAUUCACUCUUUCCUGUUUUAGUUUAGUUAAAAAGAAUUCCUUCUUCAAACUAAAGCUCAACAAAGCAGUAUUCCUAAAUAUGCCUUGAAGAACUAAGUCAAAUGUACAAUACUUGCCUUUACUAGUCAUUCUUUACACUUGCACAAUUAUGUAGUAAAUAUAUGUUUACAGGAUUUAUUAUGUUUACAGGCAAGCUAAUUUCUGUAGUUGCAUUUUUGUAUUUUUAGUAUUUCACUUUAGUCAAAAAACCAAAUAAUUUGUUAAAAGUAACCAAAGAAUAGUUAUAAUGCAUAAUUUGUAUUAAAUUUGUUACCAUAUUUCUUAUGCUUUUUAAAAAUACUGUUUACUAUGAAAAUGUUUUGCUCUAAAUCCAAAAUUCUUUAGGCAAAAUGCUACAGAUAAACUCCUACUUUAGCCAAACUGAAGUACAUAAAAAUCCUGUGCAUUCAGCAAAUAUUUACUGAAUGCCUGCUAUAUGCCUAGGUCUGUGCUAGGCCCUGGGGUGAGAGUUAGCAGCUUCAAAGAUAUCUAGCUGAAUCUUCACCCUCAAGAAGCUUGGAGAUAUGCAAAGGAAUUUUCAAACAAUCAAAAGUCAGGGUGAGCAGGAUAAGGCAAAAGGGAAAGUGUUCCAUGCACCUGCAAAGAUAAAGUGUGCCAAGACUGUAUUUAUAUGUUUUAUACCUAUAUUGGAAUGAUUAUAUAGAAAAUGCUCUUGCAAAAAGUUAAAGCUAUUUCUCAAUAUGGUAUCUUGGUGAUUUAGGAAUAAUUGUAAAUAUAUGUUAUGAAUCUUCUUAAAUACAUAUAUAUACAUAUAUGUGUGUGACACACACACACACACAUAUAUACUCAGAGUUGUAAAAAGUGCAUCUGGCUAUUGGUUCAAGUUUGUUCUAACACAAUGAGUACCUUUGAGCACAUGUGACAGAAGCAAAACCACUUUCCAAACAUGGCAUCAGCAGCUCAGCUUAGGGAGAGUAAUUCACAGAUCAGUGCACCCUGUAUCUUAUCUUCACCUGUGCUAACCAGCUUUUAGGGGAGACCACCAGAUGUAGCCCUAACUUUAUCACUUAGUAAAUAUUUAAACUGAAGCCAUGUACUCAACGUCUCUGGGCUCUUGGUUCUUCACCUGUCAAAGGAAAAUAAUCAUGGCUGCUGUCAUUGUCAUGUAAGAUUGUUGUAAACUCCAGAGAGAUGCUUUGCAAAGUAUCAUACAAUUGAAAGGUGCUUUGUGCUGACCAUCAGAUUUUGUCAAAUCAGGUGUGAACAUGAACUACACUCCCAAAGAAAAGUCUCUUCAUUUAAAAAUAAAAUGACUGCGAUCAGGCAAGGAAGUAGGAACAUCUGAUAUUGAAUACGUGCAGAUAUAUGUAAUCAUGUGUUUAUCUGUACAUGGACCUUACCAUACAAAUUCAUUUUCUCCACAUGAGCAAAGUAAUACUGAUACGGGCCAAUGCAUUUUGGAAUGUUCUUAUUAUGUAGAACUGAAUGUGAAAACUAUUUUUGUUAAAACAGGAUUUUACCACAUGAUUGUUUAAGUAUCACUUCUGUGAAAUAUAGCAGAAAUCGGAGCUUGAGAAAGUAUAAAGCUUGCUUUUCAUCUGACUCAUUCACUUGGAUGAUUCUGUGACUCAGAUAAAACAGGGUGUUAAUGAGACCAGACACUUCCCCCGGUCCCCAGCCCCCAGGCCCCAGCCAUGGACCCUCAUCCUCUUCAUCUCCCAGAUACGCACUGAUGGUCUGGAAGGAACCUAUAAUCAA